AUUUCUUAGUUUUAAUCCUAUGUAAUUAUAUUAUUAUGAAUAUAAUAGAUCAAAAUGGUAAAUCCUUGUUGUCGACUUUGUGGAUAUAAUACGUUUGAUUUGGUGAACCUCUACACCAUGCAUGGAGAAGCGACAGAAUAUGUGAGAAAAAUUAAUCGGUAUUUGUACCUCAUGGUAACUUCAGAAGAUGACCUGCCGAAAGCAAUCUGCUGGAUGUGCUCACAGCAAUUGGAUUCAUUUCACCGGUUUCACACAAAAAUCAACGAGAUCCAACAAAAAAUAUUAAGAGAUUGCUAUUCGAAAUAUAUUAUUGAAGCAAAUCUAAAACAAACCGAGACUGGACGUAUGACAAAUUUGCAGCGUGAUUCGGAGUAUGAUCAAAAAGCAGCUGAAGAGUAUGCUACUAUUCAAUUGGUUCCGUCCCGCACGACUAACGAUUCGUUUAUACUAGUAAAAACGGAAUCUACGACUUUUUUGGCUGAUGAAGCUGAACAAACCCGACGGAUUAAUACGCAACAAGAGCAAGAAUCGUCUCUAGUUGAGGCAUUUGAAAUUAGGCGGAAUACUCGCAGAAAUGACACAAUCAAUACGCGGAGUAAAAAAUGCCAGAAAAAAAGUCAACUUGAUAAAAGUUAUGACAAAAUUCGUGUAAAUCAUGCAGAUCUAAAUGUACAAAAAUACCCUGAAUGUCAUCAAAACAGUACUAAGCAACAUGUCGCUAAAAGUCUCGAACUAGAAAAAGUUGAAACAUUAGCACGAGUAAUUCCUACGGCUACUGCUAAAGCUGAACAAGCGAAACCAGUGGUCAUAAAUGUGCAGCAAAAACUAACAAAAGUGGUAAAUGUUAUUAGCGAUGAACUAGGCGAGGGCGACAGUGAAAAUGAAUUCCCUGCUCGCGACUCUGACAAUGAAGAAUGGCCUGCAGCAGAAACAAUGGAGAGAUUUCCUGCAAAAAUCAUUCAGGAUGGGUUAGUAACUGUGAAAGGAAAAGAAUUGAUGCAAAUGAUAAAUAGGUUCUAUAAUCUAUUAUGUGAUUUUUGCGAAGGCAGGCCCAAGCGCUUCAAAACCUUUCCAGAUUUAUUUUCACACCAGAAAACUAUUCACAAUCAAGAGGGACAUGUUAUCUGCUGUCAAACGAAGUUAUUACGGUAUCCAGCAAUUAUAAUGCAUAUGGCACGUCAUAUUCAACCAGAAGCUUUUAAGUGUGAUAUUUGCGGUUAUAUGGUCACGAGACCAAGAUUUCUUAUUUCACAUCGACAGACACAUUUACCAGAGGAUCAAAAACCAUACGCAUGCCAUCACUGUCCGAAACGAUUUUGCUGGAAACGUGCACUUCACGUCCACUUAAACUUGCAUAAAGCACCUGAAGAGCGAGCUGUUUAUACGUGUCCUACUUGUGGUAAAACAUACGACACUCCUGGUGGUCUUUCCGCACACAAGAAAAAUGUGCAUGUCAAUCCGCAAUCUCCAAGGAUCUCACACGUAUGUGAGAUUUGCGCCAACAAAUUCGCUACUAGCUCUGGACUCAAAGAGCACAUGCUCACGAUACAUCAACCACGAGAAAAAGGAUUAAUGCAAUGUCCUGAAUGUUCUAAGUGGCUUAUGAACAAUCGCUGUCUUAAAGUUCACAUGCAAUUGCAUUCUAAGGAGAAUGUGCAAUGUGAUCAAUGCAGUUAUACGACGAAAAAACAAUCGCUUCUAAGACGCCACAAAAUUACUCAUCACCAGGAAGAAAGGCCUUUCUAUUGUGGAAAAUGCGGCAGCACAUUUAAGCACAAGCGAUCAUUAACAGUUCACAUUAGUACAAAACACGGAAAAGAAAAACAUAAUUACAAAUGUAAUUUUUGCGAUCGUACAUUUGCUAGUUCCACUAAUUUUUAUACACAUCGGAAAAAUAGACACCCAGAUGAACUGACUGCCAUGAAGGAGCAACAGGAGCAGGAAAAAAAGCUGCAAAGAAUAAAGGCUGGUAUAGAACCAGACGAUAUUCCAUCUCCCCAUGAGUCAACAAUUACAACGGCUGCAAACGGAACCCGCAUUAUUACUAUUAGCAAUAGAGAUUAUGACCUUCAGGAGCCAAUGACCAUUCUUGAUUGUCCAUAAAACUAU